AUGUUAUCACUUCGUUCAUCCCCGUUGUCACCUACAUGGCACCUACGUGGUCGAGUUGAGAAAGGUGAGAUGGCGUUGUCAAUAUACAGUAGUAAGACUACAUCAUGUUCGAAUGAUUCUCCUAAAGACAGAAGCCAUUUGCACGAUCAGAAAGCACAUAUUACGGCCAAAAUCCUAUUAGGACAAGUAGAGCAUGGAGUGAAUUGUGUAGAUGGCACAGACAAGGCUGGGGACCAGAAAUUGCAAGACGACCUGGAUAAUUUAUUGGCCUCGUAUGCUACGGAGGAGCAGAAGAUGAAACUGGGAUUAGACAUAAACACAGGUUCUGGAUUUACUGCACCCGAAGUUUCUAUGUCUGGACAAUAUACCCUAAAGAGUGACGUUUACAGUUUUGGAGUCGUCAUGUUGGAGAUUCUCACUGGUCAUAAAUCCUUUGAAAGGUAA